GGGGGGAGUAGCAUUAGGUAUCGGUAACGCUUUUCUAUCCAAUCAGCACAUGAAGGGAAAAAAAAACUGUUGUCCAUUCAGGCUUGAAAUAUAGCAUAGUGGGCAUCCCAGUUCCUCACGGUUUUAGCAGAGCAUUCUUGGAGCUGAGGUACAUGUUCCACACUUGUAAUUGGCAGUCACUCCAGCUGGAACAGACAGACACGCAUCACUGAGGCUGAAUAGGAAGGGCUGACUUUAUUCUCUAAGGUCCUGACACCCAUAAAACUGCCAUUAAGUGUGGAUAAAAAGCGGGAGCUCUUUUCACCUCACCUUUAUUGCAUCACUGGCUGGGGAGAACUUGCACCAUGUAAAUCAACUUCUGACAGAAUUUGCUUUCUUUCUGCCUUGUCUCCUGAUCAAUUCAGCCUGAUGUCACAGAAUAUGGCAACAGACAAACAGCCUCCUAUACAGAACAGCACAGCACUAUGACUGGAUACACACAUUUUUGUUAAUAUGGUUGAUGGAACAUUCAUGGAUUGAAUCAUCUGUCAUGAUGUCUACCAUAAAAAAUUGGACAACCAAUAUGUCUUACAUAGAAAAUGAUAUGUCACUACCACCUGAAGCAGUGCUUUCUAGGACUGGACACACAGUCGUGGCAAUAUUCCUUGGAUUUAUACUUGUAUUUGGUUUUCUCAAUAACUUUGUGGUGCUUAUACUCUUCUGCAAGUUCAAAACCCUGAGAACGCCAGUUAAUAUGAUGCUUUUGAAUAUCAGUGCUAGUGACAUGCUGGUCUGUGUGUCUGGUACAACUCUCAGUUUUACAUCCAGUAUUAAAGGCAGAUGGAUUGGUGGAGAAUAUGGCUGCCAGUGGUAUGGCUUUGUUAACUCCUGCUUUGGAAUUGUAUCACUCAUCUCACUGGCUAUCCUGUCUUAUGAGCGUUACAGCACGCUAACCUUGUACAACAAAAGUGGUCCUGAUUUUAAAAAAGCACUGCUUGCUGUGGGAAGUUCCUGGUUAUAUUCCUUAGUGUGGACAGUGCCGCCCCUUCUUGGAUGGAGCAGUUAUGGAAGGGAAGGAGCUGGAACAAGCUGUUCGGUGCGCUGGACAUCUGAAUCUGUGGAGUCAGUCUCUUACAUCAUUUGUCUUUUCAUUUUCUGCCUGGCAUUGCCUGUGUUUGUGAUGCUCUACUGCUAUGGAAGACUUCUGUAUGCUGUAAAGCAGGUGGGAAAGAUCAGAAAGAUUGCUGCCCGUAAAAGAGAAUACCAUGUCUUAUUCAUGGUGAUUACAACAGUGAUCUGCUACUUGAUUUGCUGGUUGCCCUAUGGAGUGGUUGCUUUGCUUGCUACAUUCGGAAGGCCAGGGGUGGUAUCUCCUGUUGCCAGCGUCAUCCCAUCCAUUCUGGCCAAGAGCAGUACUGUUUUCAAUCCCAUUAUUUAUAUUCUUAUGAAUAAGCAGUUCUACAAAUGCUUUCUCACACUUUUCCACUGUCACCCUACAUCAUCAGCGGAUGGGAAAUCUAUAUGUCAGUCGAAUUAUACAGUCAUCCAGAUGAACCAAAAACUUAACAAUACAGUGGCAAUCCCUGGACAGACUCAGAUACCUGAUAGCAGAAGUAUGGACAAGAUGCCUUGCAUUCAUAGACAAGUCAAUGAGCCAUCUUAUCAAAUUCCACAAUCUACAACAGAUCAAUUAAUUUCAUGAACGUAGUACAUUAUUGGAAUUUUUGUUCAGUCUUCACAAAAGAGGAGGCAGUUCCUCUGACAGUAUAAAGCAACAAUACUUCCUGAGAAUGUACCACCAGAAAUCUUUCACGAGUUUUCUAGCUUCCUUGCGUAUCUGAAAAUAUCAGUGCUAAGAAACACAUUCCCUAACACUGAGCUAAAACUAAAUCAAAUGAUGUGUUCCGAAAGGCAAAUUGAUUGCCAUAGGCCUGUAAUUCACAUAGGAGAAAAUGUACAAGGUGAAGACUUUGAAUAAGAUGUGUCGAUUGGUUCUCUUAUUUUAGUUGUAAAACUAUUAUCUGUCUAAGUCAUCAAAGAGAUACUUUGCCUUAGAUGUCGAAAGCAGCGAUAAUGCAAGGCUCUUUCAUUCCAUGGUGUAUGAACGAGGAUCUCUAUGUGAAAUGCUGCUCCAGUAUCUCAGGACACUUUCAGAGGAACACAAGAUUUUUAGUGAUAUCCUGUAAAUUACUCUAUGGGGCACAUUUACUAAGGGUGGAAUAUUGAGGGUUAAUUAACCCUCCAUAUUCGACCAUCGAAGUAAAAUCCUU